UCAAAUUUUACCAUUUCCAUUUCAUUUUUUAUCACACAAGAAUUACCCCCAACACAUUUAAAAAGAUUUCCCUUCCUCCUCCCUUCUUCUCUCUAUAAAUACUAUCUCUCUCUUUAACUUCAGUUUAUUUUUUUUCUCCUUUAUUUUCUGGGUCCUCCUCUUUUUUGUUCUCUGCAACCAAAACAAACAGAACAUAAAGAAAACCUCUUUCAAUUACAAUUUUGAAUCAAUUUUUCGUUUCUGCUGGUUAAAAUUAUCGAAUUGAAUUGAGGACUGUAUUCAAUAAGCGAUGGCAGCUGAUGUGAGUUCGUUGAUCAGAAUAUUGAACGGCGGCGGCCGUGGUGAUACCAACGAGCCGGCUUUGAUCACCCGAGACCUACUCGGCGGCAGCGGUAGCGGUGGCGGCGGCGGCGGUCAUCAUCUCGAUUCCAGAGAGUUGGUGGACCUGGACAUGCAAGUUCCAUCUGGCUGGGAAAAGCGUCUCGACUUGAAGUCAGGAAAGGUCUACCUCCAGAGGUGUGAUUCAACCACAACUUCAUCAUCCUCGUCAGAACAUAACAAAUCGAUCAACAAUGGGGCAGUUUCCAAUUUUCAAGACCUCAACUUACCACCUUCUUCAAAGCAGCAGCAGCCGAUGAAUCUGUUUGAUGAUGGUAGCUUAGACCUAAAGCUCGUGUCAUCAUCAACUGAAUCAUCACCCUCAAAUUACCAGAGCGUUUGCACUCUAGACAAAGUGAAAUCUGCACUGGAAAGAGCAGAGAAAGAGACUAACAUGGUCAGGAAGCGGUCAAUAUCCAUGUCGAAAUCAUCCUCACCCUCGCGACUCUCAAAUAAUUCUUCAUCCUCUACAGUAGAUGAAAAUGAGGAGAAAUCAGCGCCAACAGCAGCUUCUUUUGCGGCUGGUUGUCCUAAUUGCUUGCUAUACGUGCUGAUAUCGGCUAGCAACCCAAAGUGUCCUCGCUGCAGCAUCACAGUUCCAUUGCCAAAUAAUGUCGCAGCAAAGAAGCCGAGAAUCGACCUGAACAUUUCCAUAUGAGAAAAUGGGAAGGGGAAAUUUUAUUGAUUUUUUGUAAAGAUAGAAGAUAAAUUUGUAAGUAAAUGGGAAGGAAAUAGCACCUAAUUCAUAAGCAGGUAAAGAUUAGGUUUUGGAUUUGGUUUUUUCGGUGCCUUUUGUGUUACAACAGAAUAACCUUCAAAAUCAUCAAUCCAUUUUUUCGCCUUUUCAUUUGUGUUCUGAUGCUGAUGAUGAUUUGGAUGCUCUUCUUCUUUAAGAAAUGAACCAAUGCAAACCAGUAAAUAUACAGCUAAUGAUUCUCAUCUGUUGUAAAUGUACAGCAACCCAUUUGCAAGCUGAAUUACAAAAAAAACACAGGUCCACAGUGUCUUAAAUUGGCCUACCUCUUAAAAC